GCAGAUACAGCAUGACCAUUUUCCCUGGCUGUCUGCUUUGGCCUGGUUCUAGCAUGGUCUGUUGGACGCACUCCAAAAAAAAUCUGUCAAGCUGACAGGACAUGCAACACACCUAACACUAAACAUGAUUAGGCCAUUUCGACGUCAAAAAAUCGCCAAUAAAUAGCGCUUGCCGCUCGCAUUAUUGUGGCAGCCAGUUCCAAGCUACCUUCGGCAGUUGGCGCCUUGCUCACAAGCUCCGGAAAGGCUCACAAGCUCCGGCAAGGCUCACAUCGUUUAUCUGUGCUGUGCUCCACCAAUGGAGGCUCCUCUUCUCCUCCCCGUUAGCACCGCUGCCGCCUCAUCGUCCAUCGACAUCGAUGACACCGUCGAAGCUGCCUCCCCUGCGGCGUCCUCUCCUUCCACCCAAAGCAUCGUCUUUCGUGUUGUGGCCGUACUUGUCGUCGCUUGUGCGUCCCUGUUCGCGCAGCACGAGGCUUCCAAGGGCUUCCACAUCGACGUCGUCAACGAUGCUCCCCGGGACACCGUCGCCGGCCGGCGCUUCGACCUCUUCUUCGUGUCCGACGGCCGCGCCGAGCGCAUCCUCCACUACGCCAACCGCGGCGUAGAGCGGGCGCUCUUCCCGGACGCGUCGUUCCCCCGGAAGCGGGUCACCCGCGUCACCGUCAAGAUGGCCGGACACAACCUCACCGCGGACGCCACGUUGGACGCCGCAGCUCCCGGGGAGUACGUCAUUGCCCUGACCCCCAGCCUCGUGUCCAGCAGCGACAAGGCCGCUGACGCCGUCGACGCCGCGGUGCGCCGCGCCGUCGCGCGCAUGUGGCUGUGGGACGGCCGCGGCGGCGCCCCGGCCCGCGUGACCGACUCCAUGGUGGAGUACCUAGCCUUCUCCGUGGCCGGCGACGCGGCGAUGACUUCGCAGCCGGAGCAGGAGGAAGGGCAGCAGUGCAUGUCGGCACGGUUCCUGAGGCACCUCGAGCAGCGCCGCGAGGGGUUCGUUGCGCGUCUGAACCGCGCAAUGAGGGACCGGUGGAGCGACGCCGCCGUGGACGCCGCGCUCGGCGCGCCGGCCCGGCACGCCUGCGCGUCCUACCACGCUGCGACAGCGCUGACCGGCCACGGCCACCCCGCCGCCACGCUGGCUGAGUCCACGUCGGACGCCGCCCGUGGGUCCAUGGUGGCAAUGUGAGGCCGGGAAGCAAGGACACGUCCAUGUGCGCCCACGUCCCCUGUAUAUUGAUCCGCCAUUAGGGGUGGGACAGAGCCGUGGCCCUAAUCGUGGUGGGAGGUGAGUGAUCGGUCGCUGUCAGGAGGAGUAAUUUCAUACGAGAUUAUGGCUUAAGCCUUGUGGUUUGUUUGUAAUGAUGCUAUGAUUAUAUGGUAGAUUUUUUCUUGUUGAAUGUGGUGGUUGGUAAUGAUCUAGGGAAGGGAAGGUUAUAGGUCCUCCUUUCUGUGAUUCACGACCAAACAAAAUGUAACUGUUGGUUGUCACACUCAGUUUUAAAAAGAGAAAUCAGAUGUAUUCUACAUAUAUAUCAUGAUCAAUUUUAUACA